CAUUAAAAAAAAAAAACGCGUUGUUUAGCCAAGCAUAAACUCGAGUUUAUAAACAGACGACAUUAAACUGGAAUGUGUUCACCGUGUUAUGGAAAUAUCUUAUGGAUUUAAUGUUGAAGCUAAUUGAAGUUUGUGGUGUGACGACAGCUAUGUAAAGACGAAUCACGUGACUUGUAUCGCCAGUGGUCGAGUUGGUAACAUUCUCCAAGACGCUGAGUUUGAACCAGGUAUACACUACUCGCCUGGUUAUGGGAGGUCAAGGUCAAGAGUUAGCUCCAAGGAUGUGUUGAUCUCUCCCAUCCACCUACACAACCAUGAGUCGGCAUCGUUUUAAAGAUCGUGCUGAUGAGUAUGAUCAACGAUUACCCAGAAGUUCUUUCGUAGACACAGGCGUAGCUCGUGGUAGAGAAUACGAUGAGUAUCGAUUACCAUCGAGUGAGACCUAUAUCGAUCCUGUUACAAACGAAGAUCCACCAGCUGAUUAUGGCUUUGAUCCACCAGCCGAUUAUGACGAAGCUCCACCGGCCGAUUAUAACGUUGGGGGUGGAGAUGUUGGCGUCCGGCAUAACGGCGUGGGGGACCAAUAUGAUGGUAAGCACCGGUCAAGGUUCGAACCCACGACUAGUGACUACACGGAGGUAAACCUAGAGCUGCAAGGUUUGGAUGGUAACAACAGCUUGCGGCGAACCUGGAAACAUAGGCGGCACCAGAGUGAUCGCAUGAACGGGUUCGGCUACUACAAAACUCUGCGCAGGCGAGUCAACGAGAACUUUGAUCCAGGGGACGACGACUCGGUCGAGAGCUUGAACUACAUGGACUUGCGAGACGCCCGUAGGUUUCUUGCUACCAUCCGCAUCAAGAAGAAGGACACGUCGUCUAAGGAGGAGAUACUUUUUGCUGACGACGCCGCCGGGCCAGCAGCAGACGACGAACACGAGGAGGUGGGGAUGCCCAGCACUAGGCAGAAGAUGAGGGGUCUCACGGAGAGACUGUCCAGGGCUAGACAGGAGAAGACUACCAGGAGAAUAGCUAACAGUUUCAGAGGGGCAAUAGAAUCCACCGAGGCCCAGUCAGGCAUUUAUUAUCCACUGACUUUAGUCAAGGGGGUGAAGGUUGCCAAUAGCAGUCUGUCUAAUGUCUGGGACAAGCUGAAUUUCUGGGCUAAACAAAUGAGACAGAUAGAAGGUCACUUUGGUAUAGCUGUUUCGACCUACUUCAGAUUCACCAGAUGGCUGGUGAACAUCAACUUCUUGGUCUUCUUCCUCUACCUCUGCUUCAUCUACAUACCCCAGCUGGCCUACAGCAAAGAUAAGGACUACUACACACCCCUGGCUACCAAUGACACCAGAGGCUACCUACAGAACACCAUGGUGAAAUGUAGCAAGUCUUAUCAACAGAGGUCUCAAAACGCAACAGAAAAACAAAGUGAAGCCAUGAAGUUCUUGGAUGUUGCCCAGGGAACAGGUAUCCUAGAAAACACUAUGUUGUUCUAUGGCUACUACACAAGCGCUGUGUUUUUAAAGCCCACACAAGACAACUCCAUGUUUGAAGCUGACUACAGGAUGGAUCUAGCCUACCUGCUGACUGUUGGAAUAAGUUUUGUUCUCAUGUUUUUAAUUAUUGUCAAAAAUUCAAGUUCUACAAUCAAAGAAACUGUGAUGGACUUCAACAACAGUGCUUUCCCUUUGUAUACCAAUGCAGUAUUUGGUUGUUGGGAUUAUUGUAUUAAUUCUAAGGCCAUGGCUUCAUAUAAGAAAAAAAUUAUUUUUGAUGAUUUCAAGGCCCAGCUGGCAGAGGUGGAAAGAAAAAGACAACUGGAGAAAAAAUCAACGAAAGAAAUGUCACAGUUGUAUUUAAAACGUGCGGGGAUUAAUAUACUUGUUAUUGCCUUGUUGGCUGGUUCUUUCUAUGCAAUUUAUGUCAGUACUGAUUAUCUGUUGAAGCAAAAUACAGACGAAUUGACAGAUAUACAGUAUUUAGCACUGAGUUAUCUCCCUUCGAUUGUUAUUUCUAUUUUAAAUGCUGUGAUCCCAGAAUUUUUUUUGAUACUUUGCUCUGUUGAACAAUACUCAAACAGCGUGGCUACAAAAAUAACAAUCAUCAGAGCUGUGUUCCUGCGCCUUGCAAGUAUUUGGGUGUUGAUUGUCUCCCUGUAUUAUAGGCUGCAGUACAGGGGGACAACUCCGUAUGACUGUCCUGAGGAAAUGAAGCAGAAUGUUACCCGCUGCUGUGGAAACACGUUAUGGGACCCUGCUGCAGUAAAAAAUAAUAAUAACAAUGUACAGUGUUGGGAGAGUUAUGUUGGUCAGCAGUUUUAUAAACUUUGUAUUGUGGAUUUCCUAUCUGUGAUUUUAUUAGUUCUUCUACUACAAGUACCUCGUAGAUUUAUUUAUUAUCACUUCCAUGAGAGAUAUUGGAUCAUUAAUAAAGUGGGGAAGGCCAAGUUUGAUCUCCCCUUGCAAGUGUUGGACUUAGUUUACACACAGUCUGUAUGUUGGAUGGGAAUGUUCUUUACACCAUUACUUCCAGCUCUGACUUUCGUCAAAAUAUUUUUUUUCUUUUUUUUAAAGAAGUUUGAGCUUCUAUUUGUGACUGAGGCGCCCCAGAUUGCAUACAAGGCGUCUCGCUCUUACUCAUUUUUCCAGACAGUUCUGCUUCUCUCAUUUAUUACAAUAUCCUGUUUGUUGGGAUACAUGAUUGGCAAUUUACAGCCAUCCAUGAGUUGUGGCCCAUUCCGACAGUACACCCAUGAGAAUUUUGUCAUGUUUCAUGUUGUGACUGAUGAAGUCAACUCCUGGCCUGACAUACCUAAGGCAAUAUUCCAGUUUUUUGGAACUGCCUCAUUUUUCAUUCCAGCAUUUUUAAUUACUCUACUAGCCUGCUAUUACUAUUGGUCAAUUUCCUCUGGAUACAUGAAGAUGGAAGAGCUGCUUAGAAACCAAGUUAAAUUGGAGGCUCAUGACAAACAGUUUCUGCUAGCUAGGGUAGAUGACGCCAUCAAGAAGGGGGAGCUAGAGACAGCUAGUUUUUGAGACCACCAAGAAGGGGGAGCUAGAGACAGCUAGUUUUUGAGACCAUCAAGAAGGGGGAGCUACAGACAGCUAGUUUUUGAGACCACCAAGAAGGGGGAGCUAGAGACAGCUAGUUUUUGAGACCACCAAGAAGGGGGAGCUAGAGACAGCUAGUUUUUGAGACCAUCAAGAAGGGGGAGCUACAGACAGCUAGUUUUUGAGACCAUCAAGAAGGGGGAGCUACAGACAGCUAGUUUUUGAGACCAUCAAGAAGGGGGAGCUAGAGACAGCUAGUUUUUGAGACCAUCAAGAAGGGGGAGCUACAGACAGCUAGUUUUUGAGACCAUCAAGAAGGGGGAGCUAGAGACAGCUAGUUUUUGAGACCAUCAAGAAGGGGGAGCUACAGACAGCUAGUUUUUGAGACCAUCAAGAAGGGGGAGCUAGAGACAGCUAGUUUUUGAGACCACCAAGAAGGGGGAGCUAGAGACAGCUAGUUUUUGAGACCAUCAAGAAGGGGGAGCUAGAGACAGCUAGUUUUUGAGACCAUCAAGAAGGGGGAGCUAGAGACAGCUAGUUUUUGAGACCAUCAAGAAGGGGGAGCUAGAGACAGCUAGUUUUUGAGACCAUCAAGAAGGGGGAGCUAGAGACAGCUAGUUUUUGAGACCAUCAAGAAGGGGGAGCUACAGACAGCUAGUUUUUGAGACCAUCAAGAAGGGGGAGCUAGAGACAGCUAGUUUUUGAGACCAUCAAGAAGGGGGAGCUACAGACAGCUAGUUUUUGAGACCAUCAAGAAGGGGGAGCUAGAGACAGCUAGUUUUUGAGACCACCAAGAAGGGGGAGCUAGAGACAGCUAGUUUUUGAGACCAUCAAGAAGGGGGAGCUAGAGACAGCUAGUUUUUGAGACCAUCAAGAAGGGGGAGCUAGAGACAGCUAGUUUUUGAGACCACCAAGAAGGGGGAGCUAGAGACAGCUAGUUUUUGAGACCACCAAGAAGGGGGAGCUAGAGACAGCUAGUUUUUGAGACCAUCAAGAAGGGGGAGCUAGAGACAGCUAGUUUUUGAGACCACCAAGAAGGGGGAGCUAGAGACAGCUAGUUUUUGAGACCACCAAGAAUGGGGAGCUAGAGACAGCUAGUUUUUGAGACCAUCAAGAAGGGGAGGUGGACAAAAUAAUUUUUUGUAAAUAAAAUACAUUGUUGAUGUUAUUUUUGACCAAGAGGUUGUAAUUACCAGUACAUUACUGAUGAAUAUUUUUAACAUCAGUUUUUACAAGUUACCUAUUGCAAUAUCAUGAUUAUGUUUAUAAGACGUAAAGGAAUUUAAUGUCUAUUUGGUAUAUAGUGUAUGAAUAAAAAAAUUGUGUAAUUUUAUCUUGCCAUAUCAUGAAACAAUAAAACUAACUUUAAAUUAAACCAACAUUUUUUCAUGCUAAAACUUAAAACUGAUUCAAAUGUCCCUGCGUGCUAUGAACCCUAAAAGUAACAUUAAAGGGUUGUUAAUGUUAUUUUGAAUGCCAACCAAAGUGAAAUAAAUCUGCAGCAAGUAGGAUAUUUCUGAGGUUGUGUCCAUCAUGGUAGCAUGAAGCUUAGACUAGUGUUGUGAUCUGACCAACUAUGUU